AUGUCCCCACAGAAGCUCGAGGGCUCCAAGAGCCGGGGGCAGCUCCUGAUCUUCGGUGCCACCAACUGGGACCUGAUUGGCCGCAAGGAGGUGCCCAAGCAGCAGGCGGCGUACCGGAACCUGGGCCAGAACCUGUGGGGGCCGCACCGCUACGGGAGCCUGGGGGGGCUGCGCGUGCGCUCGGUGGUGUCGGGGCCCUGCGCCGCGCACAGCCUGCUGAUCACGGCCGAGGGCAAGCUCUGGAGCUGGGGGCGGAACGAGAAGGGGCAGCUGGGCCAUGGCGACACGAAGCGCGUGGAGGCGCCGCGGCCGAUCGAGGCGCUGGGCGGCGAGGCCAUCGUGGCGGCCGCCUGCGGCAGGAACCACACCCUGGCACUGACCGAGAGUGGCUCGGUGUUCGCCUUCGGGGAGAACAAGCUGGGCCAGCUGGGGCUGGGGAACCAGACAGACGCCGUGCCCAGCCCCACCCAGAUCCUGUACAACGGGCAGCCGAUCUCCAAGCUGGGCUGCGGGGCCGAGUUCAGCAUGGUCAUGGACUGCAAGGGGAACCUGUAUUCCUUCGGGUGCCCCGAGUACGGCCAGCUGGGCCACAAUUCCGACGGGAAGUUCAUCGCGCGGGCGCAGCGCAUCGAGUACGACUGCGAGCUGCUGCCGCGGCGCGUGGCGCUCUUCGUGGAGCGCACCAAGGACGGCCAGGUGCUGCCCGUGCCCAACGUCGUGGUCAGGGACGUGGCCUGCGGGGCCAACCACACGCUGGUGCUGGAUUCCCAGAAGCGCGUGUUCUCCUGGGGCUUUGGGGGCUACGGGCGCCUGGGCCACGCGGAGCAGAAGGACGAGAUGGUUCCCAGGCUGGUGAAGCUCUUCGACUUCCCGGGACGCGGCGCCGCCCAGAUCUACGCGGGAUACACCUGCUCCUUCGCCGUCAGCGAGACAGGUGGAUUGUUCUUCUGGGGCGCCACCAACACCUCCCGGGAAUCCACCAUGUACCCCAAGGCUGUGCAGGAUCUGUGUGGGUGGAAGAUCCGCAGCCUGGCCUGCGGGAAGAGCUCCGUCAUCGUGGCGGCCGACGAGAGCACCAUCAGCUGGGGGCCCUCGCCCACCUUCGGGGAGCUGGGAUAUGGGGACCACAAACCCAAAUCGUCCACGGCGGCGCAGGAGGUGAAAACCCUGGACGGGAUCUACACCGAGCAGGUGGCCAUGGGCUAUUCCCACUCUCUGGUGAUCGCCCGGGACGAGUCGGAGGCGGAGCAGGAGAAGCUGCGGAAGCUGCCGGAGUACAACCCCCGCACCCUCUGA